AUGAGGAGUCUGGUCGUUCGGGCUCUCAGCCACAUUGCUUUACUUGAGGAAGCUGGGCGAACAAAAAUCACAUCCAUCUGCUAUGAUGUCGACGAAGGGUACGUUCAUGCCGCUGCGGAGCUGGUGAAUGCAGAUGCGGAUGUCGAAGUCAGCAUAUGGAAGACACCUGCACUCGGUUCUACUGGUGGUCGAGCGGAACCGGAGUUAAUCUCCAGCUUUACCUCGGCAUGCCUUCCCCCUGGGUCCGACGUCGCCCAAGUCGUUUCCAUGAGAAUUAUGGUAGAGUCGCGCACGAUGGUAUUUGUGAUGCGCUCUGGAGACAUUACGACUAUCUCCCUGGAUAAUAUGACAGACGAAGUAAGUUCCAGUAUUCGAGGCUCCGUGGAGUCUGGCCUUCUGGCAGCCGCCUGGAGUCCGGAUGAUUCCUUAUUAGUCCUUGUGACAGGCGACGAAAAGCUCAUCUUAAUGACAUCGACGUUCGACGUACUGUCUGAAGCACCCUUGCACGCCGCGGAUUUUGGGGAAGACGCCCCUAUCAAUGUGGGGUGGGGUUCCAAGCAGACACAGUUUCACGGCUCUCUCGGCAAAGCUGCCGCCCAAGUCCCGAGUGCAUCAUUGUCGAGCAUGGGCUCCAGCCCUGACGAUGACGCUCAACCGCGCAUCAGCUGGCGCGGCGACGGUGCGUACUUCGUCGUGUCCACUCUCUCGCCACCGCCAGAAGAGGGGCUUCGCCGCCGCAUAUUGCGCGUUUACGAUCGACAAGCGGCUCUGCAGUCCACCUCGGAACCUGUCGCUGGCCUCGAACAUCCGCUAGCUUGGAGGCCUUCUGGUAAUUUGAUUGCCUCCACGCAGCGGUUCGGGUUCGAGGGUGGCGGUUCGGGCAAAGAAGGGAGACAUGACCUCGUAUUCUUCGAGAGGAACGGCCUGAGGCACGGCGAGUUCGGAAUUCGCGAGACAGACUUGCGGUCUACACCGCAGACGGUCGAUAGCAACCGCCAAUGGGGCUACAAGGUGAAGGAGUUGAGUUGGAGUUCCGACUCUAACGUACUGGCGUUGUGGGUAGAAACCGAGGAGACAGACAUAGUCCAAUUAUGGACGACUGGCAACUACCAUUGGCAACAGGAAAUACUGCCACCUAAGGGAUCGGUUAGAUUCACAUCCGUUGCUUGGCAUCCGGAGAAGGCUUUGCAUCUUAGUUUAACAACUCCAACCCAAUUAACACAGAAAAUAUUCGCGUGGAAAACUCACGCUUCCAUGAGCAAACCUCCGCUGGACAGUGGAUCAGUUGCAGUUGUCGAUGGAACAAAGUUACUGCUGACACCGUUCCGGAUGCAGAACGUGCCGCCCCCGAUGUCUUCGUGCCAGCUAAACAUAGGGAAAAUUGACUCGCCUAUGUUUAAGGAUCACCGUACCCCAACCCACCUUGCAUUUUCACCGCAGAAGGAUGUACUCGGCGUUCUGUGGGGUUCGAAUCGAGUACAGGUUUGGGAUCUUAGGACCAGACUAACAUUCGGACGCGGCAAGGUUAUGGAUCCUGUCCUGUUAUGGGAAGACCAGAUCGGCCGUGCUUCUGGUGAACGAGAAGCACGACAAAUCAAUCUAUCGACGGAGGAUGGCAGCCAAGGACGGCGGAUUCACAUUGCUGUCCUGAGUACCAAAUAUGACGCCGACGUUGUGGACGUCUUGACGUCCGCUGAGAUUACUGGGGGUCGGUUAACAAGGGAGACCGAUCUGGAGCUUCCGGGCUGCAAUGGGUGGCUAGUCUCUUCCUCGGAUGGCGCAAUAAUUUGGGAGUCCGCAGACGGACGGCUUCACUCCGUUGAACCGGACGGCGAUAUUACUCAGACAUCGCGCUUCCCUGAGUUCUGCUUAGACUCUUCAGCACUCGUCACCAGUGAUUCAGGCAAAGAAGCUCGAUUCUUCGUCGGGUUGGCUGACUCGGGGAGACUCUAUGUCACUGAUUCAACGUCGCGCCAGCGUCUCAUCGCUUCAAGUCUGAAUUCGUUCGCAUUGGCAUCAGAUUUUGUGAUAUUCACCACGACAUCACAUGAAGUACACUUUGCACCGACGGAAAGCCUUUCAGAGUUGUUGAGCAGUGCCGAGGAAGUGCCGGGCAUAGUCAGCUGGGAAAAACGACGAGUGGAACGAGGAACGAGGAUAGUUACGGCGGUGCCAAGUACUAUGACGCUUGUUCUCCAGAUGCCCCGGGGCAACCUAGAGACGAUUAGCCCAAGACCCUUGGUCAUGAAGGCCAUCAUGGAGGACGUAGAACGGGGUAAAUACCGCAAAGCCUUCUUGGCUGCUAGGAAACACCGCAUCGAUUUAAGCACCUUGGUCAAUCGUGAUGAGACCGCGUUCUUGGGCAAUAUUUCCUCGUUCGUGGAGCAAGUCGGGGACCCGGAGUAUUUGAAUCUUUUCUUGACGAGUCUAGGUUCCCUAAGUCCGGAGAUGGUCGCUAAGUUAUGCGACUCCAUCAGGUCCGAAAUGGAGUCGAAGGAUCUGAAGAAGUAUACGAGCUCGAUCCUGACAUCAUAUGUAGUUAAAAGACCUCCCGAGUACGAGCCUGCUCUCCAGCUUUUACUCCGCUUGCGAGAUGACGAACCAGAUCUGGUCGAGGACGCUGUCAAGUACAUCAUCUUCCUUGUAGACACCGAUCGACUGCUCGACACUGCCUUGGGCAUGUACGACUUCUCGAUUUUCCUGAUGAUCGCUCAGCAUGCGCAGAAGGAUCCGAGGGAAUACCUGCCUUUCCUGCGUGAAUUACGGUCUUACGAGACCGACUAUCAAAGGUUUAAGAUAGACGAUCAUCUCAAGCGCCACGAUAAAGCCUUAUGGAACCUCCGGCUGGCUGGGUGGGACAAGUUUGACGAAGCUAUGGAAUAUGUCGAGCGACAUAGGUUAUAUGAGCUUGCUUUAUCACUCUGGAAGGACACGGAUCAUUAUGCUUCCGUCCUUGACAUAUACGGCGAUUGGUUGUUCGAGCGGCGAGAAUUCAGACAAGCGGCGCUAGCAUUUCUGGAAGCCCACAGACAGCCGAAGGCCCUCGUCGCAUACGAGAAGGCAUUGGAAUGGCAGGAAUUAUUCGACUUGGCCGUGUCAAGCGACAUCCCCCAAGAUGAGCUCGCGAAUAUGGCUUGGAGAGUUGCUGAGGGCUUAAUGUCGAGAAAGCGGUUCGCGGAUGCUGCCACUGUGCUCAUUGAUUACGCCAAGGAUUUUCGACAGGCAAUUAUUGCUCUGGUGGAAGGGAACCUCUUCUCAGAGGCUCGAAGGAUUAUCUCCCUCCAUAAGACGCCCGACCUCUUGACGGAAAUCGUUCUCCCAGCAAUCCUCGAGAGUCGAAGUCAAAUAGGAGAAGAUAUUAGUGAGAUGAGGGAACAACUGCAGAAGCAGUUACAUCGAAUCCGGGAGUUACGCGUAAAGAAAAUUGAGGAGCCAGACGCGUUCUAUGGAGUGGAGGAUACCACACUGCACAACGUAGAUGUCAUGACGGACGUUUCGAUGGCUCCUACUGCCUUCACUCGAUACACGGUGGCUCCCUCUACCGCGUCUCGCACGUCCAAGCGCAGCUCACGGUCGAAACGGAAGAUGGAAAGGAAGAUUGGAUCCGGUCGGAAGGGUACAGUCGAUGAAGAAGAAUAUCUACUGAACUCCGUGACGAAGCUCGUGAAUACGUUUACGACUUCACAAGCGGAAGCGGGCGCACUUUUGCCCCAUCUUUUCCAGUUUACGCCAGCGCAUAAAGAAGCGGGGUCCUCGCUCCAAGAUGAUAUACUGGCUUUUCAAGCGGAACUUACAGAAGCAGUUGAAGAAAUAUGGAGAAAACCUGUCGAGAACGACGAAGCCGGUGGCCCACCCGAGGAUAGCUGGGCAGCCAGGAUAGAGCGACUUGAGAAAGAAAGGACGAUCAACCCCAUAGACAAAGUACCGAAACCACAGCUGAGUUCCGGCGAUUGGAGUCUAGCGCUCUUGCGUAUUGGGAAGCCAUAG